UAGUCAGUCCAAACCAAAGCAAUGAAGUAACGUAACUCGUUACAGUUGUAGAUCUAAAACAGGCAGAUCCUGACCAGCGGAGGAGUGUGCGUUGUCGUGGCCGGGCGUGGGGAUUAUUUGGAGCACGGAUCAGUCAGGAACCCUUGGCCUUGGCAGGGACUGCACUGGAGACUUCCCGAUCGAGUCUGUUACUGUGAUCAAAAUUAAUCGUCACAACAGUAGGACACAAUACAGUCAUAGACAUAUUCUUUGUAACUAACUUCUGUCUUCUACCUAUAGCCUAGGCUAGGAGUGAAUCUUCUAACGUAACGUCGUGGAGUCCCACAGCACGUAGCCUCGUAGGCGUGCUGGUAUUGUAGUCCUUCUAAACCUGGCGCGUCCCGAAGAAGGAGGGCGUGUAUGUGUGUGUAUGCUGCGCGGCGAGCGAGGCUCGGAGAAACGACCGUCCGCGCACGGUUUGCCUCUUUCAUACCGCGAUCCCUUGUUCAAGCAACGGUACGGCUACUGUAGGUCAGCUCUCUGACCACAGACAGUGGACUUGGUCUAGGCUCGUGCUGAGAAACUGUCGGAGCGCCCCCUCGCUUUGCUCGGAGAGCUCCAACAACAGACACAAGACACAGAUACAUACCGUCUUGCGAAGGCUUGCCGCUUGAUGAUCAAGCGGCGACUCGGUAGAUACACACGUAGAUCUACAGUCUACACGUCCACUGCACUGGCUAGCUGAUUCGGCCUCGCUAUAUCGCGUGGUGUCUUGAACGGAGGUGAGAACGAAGAGCAUAUUUACCGUGUCCAGCAGCAACGAGCCGCCAAGAUGUACCAGACACGGCGUGCUCCCGUUCACACCGUUGUGACGAAAGCGGCCGGCGGUCGUCACCCUAGCGCACAACCCGCGGCAGCCGGGUCGACCAGGGAUUUUUCAGUAUGCCGGGGCCGAAUGGCAAGAAACGCAAACUGAAGACGACACGCGUUCCUGAACCUGUUGAGACUGAGAGUGGAAUACAGACCUGGUUGCAGUGGUCGGAGUGGACCAAAGCCAAAGCCAAAGCACAGGUCCCAGCUGACCUGUUGCCUGCACGGCCCCCUGUUCGACCUCCCGCCAACCGAAGACGGGUUCUUGGAGGGGCGCGGGCCAUGGACCGCUUCGAGAAGCUGGCAAAGCUGGGAGAGGGUUCUUACGGUACAGUGUUCAAGUGCCGCGUUCGGGAUACCGAGCAACUUGUCGCCAUCAAGCGCUUCACCGACAGCGAGGACGACCCGUACAUUCGCAAGAUUGCCAUAAGAGAAGUGCAGAUGUUGAAGAAACUACGCCAUGACAACCUGGUGAACCUGAUUGAGGUGUUUCGCCGACGCAAGCGCAUCCAUCUGGUCUUUGAGUACUGUGAAUUCACGCUAUUGGACGAAAUCAACAAGCACCGCAAGGGAUUGAAGAUGGAGAAGGUGCGCAAAAUCACCUACCAGCUGCUGUCCGGAAUUGGCUAUUGCCACCAGAGCAGCGUUGUUCAUCGCGAUGUCAAACCGGAAAACAUUCUAAUCUCCACGCGUGGCAUCAUCAAGGUCUGCGACUUUGGGUUCGCUAGGAUGCUCCUCGGACCGAACGCGGAGUACACCGAGUACGUGGCGACGCGCUGGUACCGCGCACCCGAGCUCCUGGUGCGGGAUUGCCACUACGGGUCUACCGUGGAUAUCUGGGCGCUGGGCUGCGUGAUUGGUGAGCUGGUGACCGGUGACCCAAUCUGGCCGGGCCAGUCGGAUGUCGAUCAGCUCUUUCUGAUCCAGAAGACACUUGGUGAGAUCCCGGAGCCACUGAUGAGGAAGCUCUUUAACAACGUCAUGGUCCGCAUGCCCACCAAGGAGGAGAAAGAAGGCAGCAGGUCUGUUGGCACGCUGGCACAGAUAUACAAGGGAAGUCCCCCUGAGCUGAUCCGCUUCUUAGAGGAUUGCCUGCGUUUGAAUCCGGAAGAGCGUCAUUCAUGCAGCGAGCUUUUGGACAGCGGGUUCUUCCACGACUUUGGCUACUAUGAACAGGAACUUCAGGAAGAUAUCCAGAGAGAGCGGGAAGCAGGGAUCAUUGUGGACACUAAGAAUGAUGAGAGCACGCGUAGCACUGUGGGACUGACGGGCGGCGGCAUGGGCGGCGGUGGCGGUGGUGUCACCCUGCCACAGCUCACCAGUGACAGUUUGACGGAACUGGCCGCGGCUCACACCAGGAAAAAGGAUAAGCCACCUCCACCUCCACAACGGGCACCGACCAAGUUGCCGACUAUUGAGGGUGGUGCUUCGCAAUUCUUCAAGUAGCACGGUAAAUACAACACGCGUGGCCAAGAAUAACAUGCUGGCUUGGCGGUGCACCAGACGACCGGCGCAGCUGGAUUAAUUGUGUUCCCAAAAGCACCUCCUGUUUAGUUCGCACGGUACGUUCCCGGGAGGCUUUCUGGAUGUCAGCCCUGGGUAGUGUUUUCACACUUGUUCACCGAGGAUGACGCAUGGUAACGUAUGCCCCUGCCCCCGGGCUACUACCCCCCCCCCCCCGACCCCUGCCCCGGGCUAUUACCCCCCCCCCCCACCCCUGCUCCCGGGCUACUACAGAGUGUAGUGUGUUCAAGGGCCAGUGCCCAGUGUGCUGUAGUCUAUCUCCUCCUCCGCUGCUGCUGGUGCAUAGAGACAUGUACGCGCAAGGUUAGUUUGAGUCCACACCAAAUGCCCCGCCGGCGUAUACCCUUCACCAGAAUGAAGCGUACAGCACUUGCAGGGAUGAUCACUGUAUGCAAUGUGCGGUGCUUUCAAGUAUAUGUACAGUGAUUCCGGGCCGGACGCUCGCUGUUUCUGGAUUUCUUCUCGCAAAGUUUUCUGCAUUCCUUGAGACCACGUAACGCUAUCUGAGUUGACUGACUGCCCUAUCACCAAAUCCACCGACUUUUUCCUGUCGCUCACGCAUUGUGCAAGUCAUGGCUCUGCUUGUAUAAACAAUUGUAUAUCAUGGUAAUGUCAUACAGUUAUGGAGGUGGGAAAUGGGCUCGUAUCUCUGCACCAGUUUGCGCAUUCUAAUUGCUCCGGCUAAUGUUUCCUUGGCAACAGUUGUAGUCUGAAGUUGCAUUUGCUUCAAUGCACACGAUAAUGGUCAUGUGAAGGUGUGUUUUUUCUGCAGCAGUGAAUCGACAACCAAUGCACUUGUAAAAAAGCCCGGUGACGCUGUAACAUUUAUUGUCAAUUUGAUUUCGUAUAAUAGUAUUAUGUACCGCUGGUUUAGUGCAUUUCACACGUCUCGGCCGUAUCUCUUUUUGCAACACCAAAACACUGAGAAGUACAAUUGCUCGAUUAUUUUGA